AGAAAACAUUCCUUAGGAUUCUAAUUUGCUGGAAAACAAAGAACUCUGGGAAGAUCCUUUCUUCAUCAAUAACCUAACCAACCUUGAAAAAAAAGAAGCCAUAUGAUCUGAUUCUUCAGGCAGAACCCAAGAACUCUGUUCCUCACACUUAACAACCAAGCUUUGGUGCAUGUCCUCCUUAAAAACCAAGAGAAGUUCCUACCUGAAGAUGUGGAUUACCCACAGCAUGAAGUACAGUAAGAAUUCUGAGAUGAUAUAGUUGGAGUGCUACCUUGAAUGUAGAGCUACACUUCUGUGGUAAUAACUGAGAAAAAAAGAACACUUCUGGAUCAACUCAACAUGUGGCCCAACAGCAGCUCUAGCUCCUUUCAGCUGACUGGUUUUCCAGGCUUGGCGGCAGUUCACCACUGGAUUUCCACACCCUUCAUUUUUGUCUACAUCUGUGUCAUUUUUGGCAAUGGCACUCUCCUCUUUCUCAUUAAGGCAGAUCACAGUCUUCAUGAGCCUAUGUACUAUUUCCUGGCCAUGCUGGCAGCCGCAGACCUAGGGCUGACUUUCACCACAAUGCCCACGGUACUGGAAGUUUUUUGGUUGGACCACAGGGAAAUUGGAAAUGUAGCCUGUUUUUCUCAAGCCUACUUUGUACAUUCACUUUCUUUUGUAGAGUCUGGUGUUUUGCUUGCUAUGGCCUAUGAUCGUUUUAUUGCCAUUUGCAACCCUCUUAGAUAUAAGUCUAUACUCACUAAUACUCAAGUGGUGAAAGUUGGGCUAGGGGUUCUGAUGAGGGGAUUUGUAACUGUUGUCCCCCCAAUAUUACUUCUCUAUUUUUUUCCAUAUUGCCAUUCCCAUGUCCUUUCCCAUGCAUUCUGUCUUCAUCAGGAUGUCAUCAAACUAGCCUGUGCUGACACCACUUUCAAUCGACUGUAUCCACUUGUGCUUGUGGUCCUUAUAUUUGUGCUGGAUUCUCUGAUUAUCCUCAUCUCCUAUGUGUGGAUACUCAAGAAUGUCUUGAGCAUUGCCUCCAAAGAGCAGAGGACCAAGGCCCUCAACACCUGUGUCUCCCAUAUCUGUUGUGUCCUGGUUUUCUAUGUCACAGUGAUUGGAUUGUCUCUAAUUCAUCGAUUUGGGAAGGAGGUUCCACAUAUUGUGCACCUCAUUAUGAGCUAUGUCUAUUUUCUCUUUCCUCCACUAAUGAAUCCCAUAAUCUAUAGUAUCAAGACCAAACAGAUCCAAAGUGGAAUUCUUCACCUUUUUAUUACUCAUAGAGUUAGAGCCUGAACUGUGACCAUCAGAGCCCCUCACAGAAGAUGUGGGAACUCUGGUUUGUGGGAGGGGAGUAAGGAAGUUUCAUAGCAACCACCCAUGGUCAUAUUUCUGCUAAAAUAAUUGUCAAAGUAGAGCUAAAAAUUAUUCCCAAGUAGUCUUUAACCCCAGGUCUUUGAACUAAUAUAGUUUGUACAAUUAAAAAAAAGAUUCUGUAUACUAAAUAUCUCUGCCUGUUUGUCACUCAAUUCUUAUGAUAAUAAUACUUUAGGUGUUAAUAAGUGUGUCUAUAAUGUAACUAACAUGUAUUUCUUUAGAGUUAAUAAGGUGGCAGGUAAGAACAGAGUUAUAUAAAAUUAUGAGUUGGUUUGUGUGAAAUAAAGUUUGGUAUAAAUACAUACUCACUCCAAUGCCUAACUCCCACAAAUUCCCCCACAGAUAUCCAUACAAACUAUGGGGACCUAUGUUUGGUAACUGAAGCUCAGAAAUUUCCUUGAAAAAAAGUAUGAAUUCUUCCUUAAAUGAUAUUGUAAGUACUUGUCAUCUCAGCAUUCUCAUUGAUACCUUCUCCCUCCAUCAAACUGAUCAUGACUUUGUUUUAAGACUUAUG